UACUACGACAUGAUGGAGGUGGCGCCCACGGCGCCGUACGCCGAGAUCAAGAAGGGGUACAAACGCAUGUCGCUCAAGGUCCACCCUGACAAGGUGAUGGAGCGCGCGGACGUCGACGAGGACGAAGCGAGCGAGGCGUUCCGCGCGCUCAAGGCGGCGUACGACGUGCUCAACGACUCGCAGCUGCGCGACGUCUACGACAAGUUUGGC